AUGGCCGUGCGAAGAAGAGCUUCUCCUUCGGUGGCUUCCGAUGGUGCAGCGCAGGCUCCAGUGGACGUUCGUCCUGUUCCAGGGGAUGACCUUCCUACCCUUGCGCCCCCAAAGCUUGCGGUGAUCCUCUCCUUGUCGGUGGCGUUCUUCAUUCCGUUCUUCUACGUGGUGUUCUAUGUUUACGACAUAGAACCUGGGCUUAGAAGAUCGAUCGCUAUCAAUGCGGCUAUGAGCUUUGGGGGGUUCUUGGUGGCUCUCCGGUCUAUUCCGGUGGCCGCCAGGUACCUGCUGAAGCGGAACCUCUUUGGGUACGACAUCAACAAAAAGGGCACUCCUCAGGGUACCGUUAAAGUGUGAGGACCCUUUCUUAUCAUUAAGUGUUCUGUCUUCAUUAGGAAUUGUGUGCUGUGUGAGAGUGCCGUAUUUUUUGGGUUUUUGAGGGCAGCCUUAGACUACUUUCAGGUGCGCUCUCCAUACGAGAUUUUAUAGAAAUCUUCGUCAUUCUCUAUGAAAUAAUAAUUCUUUCUUUCAUCCAUAUUUUUCUGUUGAGCUCAGAUGGUCAUAUUCAAGAUGAUGUUACGCGUUUCAUUUUCCUUUUUUUUUUCCUUCCCUUGCCUUGACAAUUAAUCAGCCUUUUUCUCAAACUUUUGCUCUGCCUUUGGCUGUUGUGCUGUGAUAAAAUAGCAUACUAUUUUCAAUGCUUACAAUAGUUUCGAUGAGUUGCUCGUUCAGGAUAUUAAGCAUCAUAAAAUAGCACGUUUUGAGAUAAAAUUAGCUGGAUGACAAAAGUUUGAAUGUUUGUGUCAUGCUUUAUAUUUACUUCUAAUGUCCAUGACAGCUUCAUGUUAUGCUGUUGCUAACUUUUACUUAUAUAUGUAUCUUUUUGUAGGCCCGAAUCUCUUGGCAUCGUGAUUGGGAUUGUUUACUUGGUUGUCACAAUCCUUUUUCAGCAAUUCAACUUCACAGCAGACUCCAAUGUGUGGCUCCUCUUUUCUCUUCUGUUUUUAUGUUCCCUCCAAUGAUUAAGGUGCAUACGAUUUCAGGAAAGAAUUGGAUCCCAGUUUGGGGGAUUAAUCCAUAAAGUGAAAAUCUUGGACUCUGUCUAUGGAAUUUGGUAUUAUUAAUACAGUCUCGAGAUGUAUUUUUUCAGUGCGAUCAUUCAGUAGAGAAAUGUUGAGGGUAGAUUGUCAGGUUGAUUUGAUUUCAGUGUUCUCGUCCACCUAAUUAUGAUAAAGGAUGCCAGAUGAUUUCCAUGCCCAAUGUUUAGAGAACUAUAUGGUGUGGUCGGAUGAAGAGGAAGUUCAGGCUUUAUCCUUAUGAUAGUUGACUGGGGGGUAUAGUUAGCUUGUCUAAUCCCUACAAUUUCAUGAUUUUUCUAAUGCUUAGACAUACUAAUCAGGUGUUUCCUUUGUGAUCUUUACGUGCUUGUGUUCCGUUUUCAUUAAUUUCAUAAUCUCAAUUGACUAGGAUUAUCCUGUUGUCAACAUAGAUUCGUGGGUCCUGCGGGGAUUGGAGUGUCUGUCUGUAAAACUUUCAGGGGUAGCGUUUCGUGGUGUUCCUAUUUUUCUUAUGUCCCAUUUUCAAUUCAUUGCGAUUUUUUUCAGUGUAAGCUUUCCUUUGUAGACAAGAAGCUAAGGGAUAAUUAGUUUAUUUUUUGUACAGUAUUAUUUAUCAAUAAUUGUGAUGACAAUCGGGUGUCUUCGUUUUUUGAUAAGACCAAAUGCAGUGCAUAAAUUUGGAUAUGAGCUAAUGAGUGGGCAUGAUUUCGAUCUUCCAGUGGCUUGUUGAGUACAAUGCAGCGUUAGCAUCCGUAUGCUUCAUGAUUCUGCUUGGCUUUGUGGAUGAUGUUCUUGAUGUUCCCUGGAGAAUGUAUGUUACGUUUUUCGUUGCUUGUGAUCUCAAAUUGUCUCCAUUUCGAGUUUAUUGGUUGCCUUUUCUUUUUUCUUAUUUUUCAUCUGGUUAAUUGUGGAACAGAAAACUGCUGUUACCCUCAUUUGCUGCACUUCCAUUGCUGAUGGCAUAUGCUGGUCAUACCACAAUUAUCAUACCGAAACCAAUUAUUCCUUAUGUUGGACUGAAGAUUCUUGAUCUAGGUAAGCUGUAAUGUGUUACAAAAUUAUCUGAUAAUGAGCUGGAAUCGAGCGGAUAUCUAUGCAAUGUGUUCAAUUGCCUUCAUUGUUAUUGUAUUAUCGGGAAUGAGGAAUAUUAGUUAAAUGCUGAAUCAGUUAGACUGAGUCAUCGUGAAUAUGCCUGAAUGAGAUUAAGCCAGGAAAUUCGGCUAUAUCGUAUCCUUCACAACAAUAUCACUCGUCACAUUGUGCCCUCAGCCAACUCGGGAAAUGCAAAGGAUAUUGUAGGUUAUAUAGGGUGCAUAUCCUCGUUGAGUUUGGGGUUUAUUUCGUUCUCAAAAUUUGGCUCUACUUCCAAUCCAACUACUUUAAUUAGUCCCCUAAUUUGCUUCAUCUUUCGCUCAUAUUCAAGUUCAUGUAUUGUAACAAGGAUUGACUUGCAGUAGCUAGUUUCAACCCCAACGUUAUUUGGGUUCGUCGUCAAUUACUCCUAUUGUCAUUUCUUGAAUUAAAUGUUCACUAGAUAUUUUAGAUAUAAAUUGCACCUCUAUGGUAGCGCAAGGAAGCUCGGACGUUGUGGCACUUGCUCUAGAAAGUGAAUGACGAUCUUCUGCACAAAUUGUUUGAUUUGAUAUAGUGUUAAUGUCUUGGUUGAAAACUCAUGUGAUGAGCUAUUUAUAGAACCCAACAACUCGUUUGAAUUUCAAACGAGUGAGACCUGAUCAGUCAAAACAAAAAAAAGGAGACCUUUUGGGCGGGGAAUGAGUUUACUUGAGGGAUAAUGGUGGAGUAAAUAGUGAAAAGGAUGAAGUGAAAGUUUUAAAAAUGAUAAACAUGGUAAAGCCUAGAAAUCUGAUUUAUAGUUGUCAUAGCAAUUUUCACUACUAUUUUGUGCAAAUAACUGGCUCUUAUUUUACAAAUAUUAUCAACGAUGAAUACCAUCCAAAGAUUGAUCGGAGUACCGGUGCAUUGUCAGUUACUGUUCUUUAAUAAACAGAUGUAAUGUACUUAUUUAUAUAUUUCAUAUUCAUAGCUAAACAUGCAUUCUAAAAGGAUUGGCUGUACAUUCCACUGAAUCAGCUACAUAAACUUUAAUCUAGUUUUGAGAAGGGGAGGUUCUGAGUGCUGUCACAGGCGGUGAAACCCCAAAACCUAAUCCCGAACUGGAAGGCGGAAAAAUAAGACGUACUAGUUUGAUCAACGUUUGGGUCUGGUAUUAUAUCAGGCACAUAUUACAGGGGUUGAACGGGACCUGUCCGGUCUGGUUCGUCACUUAAAUAGUAAAUUAAGAUUACAAUAAAGAAAUAAAAAACAACUACAAUUCAUUUCGGCAGGAGGUUAAGUAGGUGAUUGAACAGACGGGCUAUGGAGGACUGUUGUUCACUAUGCCAAUGAUAUAUGAGACAACACUAGGGAUAAAGGCUGCUCGUAAGUUGAGGAUAAUGUUGGAAAAUCACACAUCGUGCCAGAGCUGGGUACCAUCUCCUAACGUUGGUUUAGCUGAAUUUUCACAUGCUCAACAGCUAUGCCGAUUCAAGAUUUGACUUUUUUGUGUGAUGGGAUACAUGCAUGAAUACAGGCCAUUCUUGAAAUACUUACUGUGUGGAAAAUUCAUGUAAAAUACUAGACCAUUAUAACUUGAGCUGCUUAUUUGAAAAAAACAAAUCUUAUAUUUAUCAUUACUCUGAGAGGAAGAAUAUGUGAUGUUCUCUGGUAUAAAGAUUUCAGAAUUAAGAUUGUGUGGCAAUGAGAAAAAAUCUAGUCGGGAUUUCUGGUUUUCAUCUGAUUCAGCAAGUUUUGUAUUUGCUGUUUUGGAUUUUCUAGUAAGGGGAAUUAAUCCGUACACUUACCGUUACUCUGCUAUGAUAUACUUAACAUAGUCAGGUACAUUAAAUCUGAUUUGCGGGAACAAGCAGAUCCUUACAAAGGAUGAAGUGAGAAAUAGAAAGAGUUAGCUAUUACAAGAGGGAACAAUGUAUAUGUGAUCAAGUUUCUCUUAAGCCCUGCAGAAUCACAUAAAAAAAAAUCCAUCAGCCAUGCUGGCAGACUAGUGAGUUUUAUCAAUGGCAUCUCUGUUCUAAUUGCUACAGAGCCAUCAUGAGAACUCUUUGGUCAUUUGGCCGCAAAAUACUGGCCACAUGUUAACAGUGUUUAUAUCCCAGACUUUCUACCGCAUGAUUCUAGUUUUAGUGGAUGAUGCUUUUAUGUGACUAGUGUAUGACUCUGUGAGGCAGAAGAAAGCACUGUUUUCUGUCACUGAAUUGAAAACCUCUCCAAUGGACAAACGUAUACAAGGACAUUAAGAGUUAUGAAUUUUAGGGUUUGUACUCUUUCAUAUGAAUUUGUGCUACUUUUUUCUUAUUUUCUUAAGACAACAUGUUUUAUGAUUUGUUUCUCUUCUUUCGACCUUCCCAUACUAAUUCCAUUAUAUGAACCAAUUAUAAUUCAUUGACAUGCCAUUCUUUUGGGCAGGGGUGAUAUACAAACUAUACAUGGGCAUGUUGGCAGUAUUUUGCACGAACUCAAUCAACAUCCACGCUGGGUUAAAUGGCCUGGAAGUUGGGCAAACUGUUGUUAUUUCUGCUGCUGUAAGAACAUAGUUUUUUCCUCGGAGUUGUAAAAGGAUUGAUUUUUUUUUUACUCAGAAUGAUCUUUCAUCAUAUCAGAAUUGAUGAUUGCUUUUAAUCCGACAACAAUCUGUUACUGUGAUGCCAGGUUUUGAUUCAUAAUGUUAUGCAAAUUGGAGCUUCAGAUGAUCCCGAGUAUCAGCAGGCCCAUGCAUUUUCUAUUUACCUUGUACAGCCAUUGUUGGCGACAUCCCUGGCAUUAUUCUCUUACAAUUGGUACGGUGCUAAGACGACAUACUCUGCCGACGAUUCAAUUAUAUGGCUUAUUGGAUUCAAUCUGCUGAUGAUUCACUUGCAGGUAUCCUUCGUCAGUUUUUGUCGGUGACACAUACACAUACUUUGCGGGGAUGGCCUUGGCUGUCGUUGGAAUACUGGGCCAUUUUAGGUCAGUUUCUCCAUCGCUUCCAUCGUUCACAUUAAUGUGCAACUAUUCUGCCACAUUUACCAUCUGGAAAGUUGGUUCCCAUGGUUUCAUGAUCGUCAGUCUCUUUGUAGGAUCAAUUCUGCUGACAAUGAAUACCUGGCACUGCAUUGUUAAGUUCCUUGCCAUGUGUGACUGGCCUGGGGAUUGGACUAAACCUCCCAAGGGGACUUUACUAUCAGACUAAUUGUCCCCUCAGCAAAUCACUGAUCAAUAGCCCUGGAGUGUGAACAAGAAUAUAAACAUAAUUUCUUAGAUGGGAAAACAUGAUAUAGUUUAUCAGCACGUAUUUAUUCAUCUUAAUUAUUAGAACCUGGCCCUCGUAAAGUUGUAUAUUUUUUUCACUGACCUGUAUUUCUGCAUUAUUUUUUUGGGGUUUGUUGACAUCUAUUUUCCUUUAACGUGCAGUGAAACACUCCUGUUGUUCUUCUUGCCGCAGGUUUUGAAUUUUCUUUAUUCAUGUCCUCAGGUGUGCAUAAACACAAAUUUUUUCCCUUUAUCUCUCUGCAUUUGAUGGCGAGACGAUCCUCUCUGGUCAAAAGUUUCUAAUUCUGCAUCUUUCUUCUAAUGCUGAACAGCUUUUCAAAAUCAUUCCGUGUCCUCGGCACCGCUUACCAAGGUAAAUAUUUCAACCUCAAAACACUCAUAAAUAUUCCAUGCAUUAAAAAAAAAUAUUUUUUUAAUUCAGGUUCGAUCCUAAGAGCGGGUUGCUCACUGGCACAAAAGAUGGAACCCUUGUGAACCUCUUUCUCAGACUGUUCGGUCGGUGUUCAGAGAAGUCGCUCUGCAUCAGGCUUCUGGUUUUCCAGGUAAUCGUCUUCCUGCAACUACACUAUGUCACAUAUUUCUUUCUGUUCAAUAGGGAGCAGUGGGAUGAUCAGCAAUCCUGAUUAUACCCACAUAGUUCAUCAGUGUUCUCGUGGACCCACUUGAUUCUCCAAGCUCCAUUUUGGUGCAUCGAUCCUUUAGAUUUCAGGGAAGAAUGACCACUCCUCUCUGUCCUCUACAAAGUAAUCAUCUUCCUCUUGCUGCUCUUUUCUGUAACCUGAUCUUCCUUUUUUUGGUAUACUGAUCCCUGCCCAUAGGAGAUAGAAUUAUUCCCAUUUUACUGGAAGAACCCACCCUCCCCAUCUUUGCCGUUCUCUAUCAAUCCUUGCACAGAUUUCAGGGGCCGUAGUGCUGCCGUGUUCCUGUAGGAUCCUCCCUUGUUCCCUUGUCCAGACCCCCUACUUACUUCUUCUUCUGGAUGUUGACAGGCUCUAUCAUGCGUCUUCUGUUUCUGGCUGAGGCAUGUUCUAUCAGGCUGGUACAAGUGA